CAUGCUUGUCAAUGUUUGAGUGUGUGCAAGUCAUCUGUGGUGAUCUGUGGUUUAUAAAUUUGGGAGGUUUUGUUCGUAGUUACUUUUAUUAAUUAUUAAACUAUGGCCGGUGUCAAAGUAAUUGAAGAUGAAGCGCACUUCCAAAAUGAAUUGUCUUUAGCUGCGGCCAAACUGGUCGUCGCUGAUUUUACUGCCAGUUGGUGCGGUCCUUGCCAGAGGAUUGCUCCAGUCUUCCAGCAGUUGGCUGGGAAGUACCCAAAUGCUGUCUUCCUAAAGAUUGAUGUGGAUAAGUGCCAGGACACUGCUGCUGCCCAAGGAGUCUCUGCUAUGCCAACAUUUAUCUUCUAUCGUAAUAAGACGAAAGUUGACCGACUCCAAGGAGCGGAUCCAAGUUCAUUGGAAAAUAAAAUUAAGCAAUAUUAUGGAUCAGCUGAAGGGGACGAUGCCGAAAGCAUCGAUGGACAUAUGGACUUGAAUCCUUUUAUCACCAAAGCUGAAUGCGAAUGUUUGAACGAGGCCGACGAUCAUCCUUUGGCCCACUGUUUGCAAGCCGGAGGUGGAUUCUUGCAAUCCGACUGCGAUGAACAAUUGAUUAUCUCGAUAGCGUUUAACCAGGGCGUCAAGAUACACAGUUUGAAGUUCAAAGGACCUGCGGACAAGGGUCCUAAGCAGGUGAAGAUCUUCAUUAAUCAGCCGAGAACGUUGGACUUCGAUAUGGCCGACAGCAACACCAGCGUCCAGGAAUUGGAUCUGACAACCGAUGAUUUGGAAGGCAAUCCUGUGAACCUGCGUUACGUGAAGUUCCAGAACGUGCAGAAUAUUCAGCUGUUCGUGAAGAACAAUCAGGGCAAUGGCGAGGUGACGCAGAUCGAUCAUUUCGCCGUUAUCGGAUCUCCAAUUAGCACAACGAACAUGAGCGAUUUCAAACGUAUUGCUGGAAAGAAGGGCGAGAGCCACUGAUAAUUGCUAAAUAAUUUGAGCGUAUUUAAUAAAUAAAUAAUUUAUAAUUGAAUCUAAA